CAGCUUUCCCACCACUAACUCUUACACCGUCAGAAGAGGAAACGCUGGAGGACUGGAGUGUCUGUAGGAAGUCAACACGAUCUGGAAGAUUGGAAGCAACAUGUCUGCCAGUCUCACUACAGCAGCUCCUCUGGGUUCACCACCGCAGCCCCCCCCAGCACAGGUGUCAGUGUGGCUGCUGCCGACAUCGCUGUGGUUGUCGUCUACUUUAUUUUUGUCAUGGUGGUUGGAAUCUGGUCAUCAGCGCGAGCCAGUCGCAGCACUGUGAGGGGUUACUUCUUGGCUGGCCGUUCAAUGACCUGGUGGCCUAUCGGAGCCUCUCUGAUGUCCAGUAAUGUUGGCAGUGGUCUGUUUAUCGGCCUAGCGGGAACAGGAGCAGCUGGAGGCAUCGCUGUCGGGGGAUUUGAAUGGAACGCAUCGUGGGUGCUGGUGGCUCUGGGUUGGAUCUUUAUCCCCGUCUACAUCUCUGCUGGCGUGGUCACCAUGCCGGAAUACCUGGCCAAGCGCUUUGGAGGCCAGAGGAUACGCAUAUACAUGUCUGUCCUGUCACUCAUCCUCUACAUCUUCACUAAAAUAUCUACAGAUAUCUUUUCGGGGGCGAUGUUUAUCCAGGUGUCGAUGGGCUGGGAUCUCUAUCUGUCCACAGGCAUACUGCUGCUGGUCACUGCUGUUUACACUGUGGCAGGUGGUUUGGCAGCAGUGAUCUACACUGAUGCGCUGCAGACUUUGAUCAUGGUUGGUGGGGCCUUUGCACUAAUGUUCAUAGCAUUCUCCAAAAUUGGCGGGUACGAGGGCCUUGUGGAGCGUUAUAUGUCAGCUGUUCCCUCGGUGACAGUCGCUAACACCACCUGCCACCUUCCUCGCAGCGACGCCUUCCGCCUGUUCAGAGACCCGGUGUCAGGGGACCUGCCCUGGCCCGGUCUGCUGUUCGGCCUCACCGUACUGGCUACAUGGUGCUGGUGCACGGAUCAGGUUAUAGUCCAGAGGUCUCUGUCUGCCAAGUCUUUGUCUCAUGCCAAAGGAGGCAGUGUGUUGGGAGGCUACCUCAAAGUGCUGCCCAUGUUCUUCAUCGUCAUGCCAGGCAUGAUCAGCCGAGCACUGUUCCCAGAUGAGGUAGGUUGUGUGGAUCCAGCAGUGUGUCAGAGUGUGUGUGGAACUCCAGUUGGCUGCUCCAAUAUCGCCUACCCUAAACUAGUGGUGGAGCUAAUGCCUGUGGGCCUUCGUGGUCUGAUGCUAGCAGUGAUGCUAGCUGCUCUGAUGUCAUCUCUGACCUCCAUCUUUAACAGCAGCUCCACUCUGUUCACCCUGGAUCUAUACCACAAAGCCCGGCCUGCAGCCUCAGAGAGGGAGCUCAUGAUAGUGGGACGGGUGUUCAUCCUGGUCUUGGUGUGUGUUAGUCUGUUGUGGAUUCCAGUCAUCCAAACAGCCAAUAGUGGACAGCUGUUUGAUUACAUCCAGUCAGUGACCAGCUUUCUAGCUCCGCCCAUUACCGCUGUUUUCCUUAUGGCUAUCUUCUGGCCACGUGCCAACGAGCAGGGUGCAUUCUGGGGUCUGAUGAGCGGCCUGCUGGUGGGACUGAUCCGCAUGGUUCUGGAGUUCUCCUAUACAUCUCCCUCCUGUGGUCAGCCAGACCUGCGGCCUGCUGUCCUGGCCGACGUCCACUACCUGUACUUUGCUCUCAUCCUGCUGGCGCUCACCUGCCUGGUCAUCGCUGCUGUCAGCCUAGCCACUGCCCCGAUACCUGCUCAACAUCUGCACCGGCUGACCUGGUGGUCCAGACACAGCCAGGAGCCACGGAUCGACCUCACGGGUCCCCAGAUGACCUCUGACCCCAGCCCGGACUCUGAGCGGGGGCCAGAGUCGUGGUGGCGGAGCGCUGCUGUGCGGCUCUGCUGUCUGAGCGGCCCGAGCUCUGGUUCUGUGAUUCCAGAGGCGGAGAGCAGCGAGCUGAACUCUCUGGCGGAGCAGCCGCUCUGGAGACGCGUGUGCAACGUCAACGCCCUGCUGCUGCUGGCUGCUAACGUCUUCCUCUGGGGAUACUUCGCCUGAUCCAUGAUCAGUCAGGUUACACUGGUGGACUGGACUGGCAUUUUGUCACACCCAUGAAACAAAACGUCCAGUGGCUAAACCAAUCUGCUGCUGUGCUGGACCUUCUACGCAACAACACUUGUUCAUUUACAGGAGUCUCAUCAGGAAAGACAUACAAUGAUCAUUGCAUACACACACACACACACACACACACACACACACACACACACACACACACACACACACACACACACACACACACACACACACACACACACACACACACACACACACACACCUCAAAAUCCGUAUUGUGCCUAUGAUCAAAGUAAUCAGAUCUUUUGGCCUGAUUGUUAGCUUCUGUCUGAUUCAAAGUUAAUCAGGAAUGACGCACAAAGAAAGUGGUCCAUAUGUCCAUUCCCAGAUAUCUAUCAACUAAUGAUUCCAUAAUGAUUCAGAAAUAUACUGUGGUUACGUUCAACUUACCUCAAUUUAAUACAUAGCUGUUAGUCGGGGACUGUUCAUUAAUGAUUUGUCAGUCAUCAGGUUGUUCCUGAUUUCUUCCUCACUUUACUUUGCCUUUGUACUGAAUUGUAAAUUUCUACUGGAUGAAUGUGAACAAUAACAUGGUUUUAUUGGAGUUGCCACUGAUGCUGGAAUGCCUAAUAUAUCUGAUUAGGGAGUACAUUAAAAUCCCCAAACAACAGAGCCACUGUGUCUGCCAAACUAAAUCUAUUCAACAGCAUGGUGGAUGCUAGAAAAGCUCUUCUCCCUGAGAUGUAGCUCAGCAAUAUUGAUUACUCUCAGAUAGAUAUACAGUAAGUUACUAAUAGUAUCUGGAUACUAGGGAAAUAUUCUACAACUAAAAUGUACCGAGACGAUGUUGAGAAACAUGUUGCUUUUACAGCAUGCUCCCUUCAAGCUAACCACAGAGCUUAAAGUUCUCCGCCGCGGGGCCGUUUGAGAUCUGAAAAUAGAUCAUUAUAUUUCUAUGGAAAAUAUACUUAUGUAUUUUUUUUUAAACUGUCGUGUAUAUAUAUAAU